AUGGCAACAGCUGAGGAAUUACCAAGAACACCAACUCCGAAUUAUGGAUUGAAUGAUUCGAUAUCGAUGGCUGCUGUGGAGGAAGGGUCUAAUUUGAAUAUUUCAGGUAUUAAUAAUGCAUCGGGAUUGAAUAACAUGUCAGGUAUUGGGAAUAUGUCAGGAAUGAAUCUAGAUUCAUCCUUUGCCGAUCCAAACAUGACUAGGGACUCUAGCAGACCUGCAACAUCAUUAUCUGGAAAGGGAUUAUCCUCCUCAAUGAUUUUAAAACCAGAAGAUAUUCCUCCUGAUAUUAUCAAGAGAUAUACUGAUGCAUUUAAAUUAUAUGAAGCUAAAAAGACGAUUAAACCAGGUAAAGCACAACCACCUGCUGAAGGAGACGAUAAGAAGGGUGCAAAGAAGGGAGAUGAUAAAAAGAAGAGUGCACCUGCAAAGAAGGGAACAGAUAAAAAGGGAGGAAAGAAUGAUAAGACUGUAGUUGAACCAGCAGUGCAAGCUCCUCCUCAACCAACAUUUACCAUUUUAAAAGGUCACGUUUUGAUUUCUGAUUUACUGACACUGAUGAGAGCAUUAAUGAAGAAUCCAAAGGAAAAAGAUCUUCCUCUCUACCUAAGCAUACUUCCAAAUUCUGAGGAAGUAGUUAAUAGAUGUCAACUUAAUCUUGAUGAAUUUUUAAGAAUUAUGCAAAAUGCACCAAUUCCUAAUCAAGACGAUCACUUUAAAAUUUUGGAUGCUUUUGAAACUUUUGACGAUGAUUUUAAGGGAGAAUUUGAACCUGAAAAACUCAAAUUCAUUUUAGCAACUAUGGGAGAAAAGGAUUUAAUGACACAAGAAGAAAUUGAUGAAAUUCUUCUUACAUUCACCAAUCCAGAAAACAAGAGCAUUGCCUAUGAUGAAUUCUUAAAGACCUGUUUGUCUAACACAAAUGUACACGAUCCUCCUCCACCAAAGACUGCUAAAAAGGGAACUAAGAAGAAGGCAACCAAAUAA